ACAGCUCACUAGAGCGAGUCUCAAUUUUCUGCUUUUAGGAGACAAAAGUGGGGGGGGAGAUAAGGACAAGAGCUCACCAAGGGAAUGCAGUACUUGAAGAAGCAGGUGCAUAGGAAAGAAAUUAGGUCUCCAGGCCAGCAGCAUCGACAUUUUAUCAUCAGCAGAGGCUUCAUCACACCCCAUUGCUCCUGUGGCCAAACUUCCAAUGCCAAUUAGGAAAGGGAUCCAGGGAGGCAUGGCCACUGCUGGCCUAGGGCAUCACCUCGUGAUGGGAAUCAAACCCUCAUGGGCCAAACCCUCCCAGGGAGUGACAGCUUUGGCGUCAUUGCAGUUAAUGAUUGCCCUCGCUCAGUGGCUGGGCUCAGCGCACGUUUCUGGAGCCCAUCCCUGGUUUCUACUGCGCCUGCCACCACCCGUGGGGCAGGAUUGCAAAGUUUAACCAGGGCUCCCUCCCUCCUGGGCCAUGCAGGUUGGCCGCGAGGGAUGUGCCUAGGGAAGGUUUGGGCACAGCAGCGGCUCUACCCGCUAACCAGUGAUUCACCCCACAGCAGCACGCAAGGCAUCGAGCCACCCGGGUGGUGACGGGGUGAUGGCCACCCUGGGGCUGCUCCGGUGGCUUCAGCGGCUUCCUCAGGGUGAAGCAGGCAGGAGCAGGGACAUCGUGCAGCUGUAGCUGGAGAAGAGCUCCGGGGCUGCAGCUCAACCCAGCAGCCCCAAGGCCAGUGGAGGCAGGAGCCUGCCAUGCAGAUCCCGUGCCUCCAGCCUCACAGCACUGGGAGGGGGGAGUGGGGAGAGAGAAGGGGGGGAGCAGAGCAUUUGGUCUUACAAACUCGGCAUUUUCCAUGCAACUUGGUGUGUUUGAUAUUUUUGUCCUGCAACGAGGCCAAACAGGCCAGUGAAGACGCAGCCUUUGCCUUGCACCCAGCGAGACCGUGAGCUGUAGGGCAGGAACAACACAGUGCUUAAUGGCACCCUCAUGGGUUUUCUGCUCCAGCAACCCCAGCUACAUCCUAACAGCCUGAGCCAGCUGGGGCAGAGGAGACGGCAGCCUUCUGGGGGCCCCUGCACUGCUCCCGGGGGUGAGCAAGGAAACUGAGGCAGGAGGGACCUCUUCCCUCGGCGUUCCCUCCCUGCGGCCCUGAGCGCGACAGAUGCACGUUGAGGGGCCCGGGUUCUCCCUGCCUGAUAAUGGGGCCUUUGUGCUGCUGCUGACUCAGGGCUUUUUGCCGGCCGCUGGCCACGGCAGGAGCCCCGUGACAUAUCGGUGGGGGGACAGUGAACGGCUGGGGACAGGCUCUACAGGCAGCCAGCCCUGCAGGAGCCAGCAUCGCCCCAACGCCUGCCAGGGGAUGGAGGCGGCUGCCCCGCGCUGAGUAGGACCGGCGGGGCCGCCCCUCUCUCUGCCGCAGGCACCAUGGGCUCCCGGCACUUCCCUGCCCGGACUGUGCUCUUUGAGAAGGAGACCAGCGGCGUCACGUACCGCGUGCCGGCCCUGCUCUACCUGCCCUGCGUGGCCAAGCUGCUAGCCUUCGCUGAGGAGCGGCUGAGCGCCGACGACGCCCACGCCAACCUGCUGGUGCUGCGCCGCGGCACCGUCUACGGCGGCUAUGUGGAGUGGGAAGACAUGCGGGUGCUCGAGACAGCGACGCUGCAGCACCACCGGUCGAUGAACCCCUGCCCGCUCUACGACGAGUUCACGGGCACCCUCUUCCUCUUCUUCAUCACGGUGCUGGGCAGGACACCUGAAGCCUUCCAGAUAGUCACGGGCCAGAACGUCACCCGCCUGUGCUGCGUCACCAGUGCUGACCAGGGUCUGAGCUGGAGCAAGGCCACAGACCUGACGCAGCAGGUCAUCGGCAGGGCCAUCAAAGACUGGGCCACCUUUGCACUGGGCCCCGGGCAUGGGAUCCAGCUGCGCUCCGGCCGACUGCUGGUGCCUGCCUACAGCUACCACAUUGACUGCAAGGAGUGCUUUGGGCAGCUCUGCAAGACCACCCCUCACUCCUUCGCCUUCUACAGCGACGACCACGGCCGGGGCUGGCGUUUCGGGGAGUUCAUCCCCAACCUGCAGACGGGCGAGUGCCAGCUGGUCUCAGUGGAUGAGGAGGAUGGCUCUAAUGUCCUCUACUGCAAUGCCCGCAGCCCCCUGGGCUUCCGCGUCCAGGCACUGAGCACCGAUGACGGGGCUGUCUUCCACGGGGGGCAGCUGGUCCAGCGGCUGGUCGAGCCCCCCCACGGGUGCCACGGCAGUGUCAUCGGCUUCCCCGCACCUUUCGUGUACAGCCCCCAGCCCCCUGACGUCCCUGGACAAGGCUCGGCUCCACGGCCGCUCCCCCGUUUUCGGGACCUGCUUGCCUUGAGGGCAGCAGGGGAUAAGCUCCAAGUGGACCCCAAAGCCACCUCCGGCCCCGGCACCUUCUUCCAAGCACCAACGUGGGUGCUCUACUCCCACCCCACCAGCCCCAUGUCGCGGGUCAACAUGGGGGUUCACCUCAGCACCUUCCCCAGGGACGCAGAGAGCUGGACCGAACCCUGGGUCAUCUACGAGGGCCCGAGCGCAUACUCGGACCUGGCUUAUAUGGAGCUGCCCCACAGCCAGGCCCCUGUCUCUGGUGGCCCGGCCAUCGCUUUUGCCUGCCUCUACGAGAACGGGAAGCGGUCUCCCUAUGAGCAGAUAUCCUUCAGCAUGUUCACACUGCACGAUGUGCUCCAGAACAUCCCCCUGGCAGCUGCAGUGCCCUGCAGGAAGCGGAGGCAAAGGAGCUGCUGCGUCUCCUAG